AUGUAUGGCCGUCAUUCAUCAAUUACAACGUUGAGAGUUAUUCUUUGCUCGUCUAAAAUCAAAGCACCUAUCCAGACUUAUCAGCAGAAUUCGUUAAUAAACAAGUGCCACCAUAAUCGUGUCACAGUACUAGCGUGUUACCCACCUGGAUACAUUCGUAGUCGAGGCGGGUUUGAAGUGUCUACAUAUCACCUGCUUCGGUUCGAUCCUGUAAUGAUCCAUCAUGAGGGGAAGGCCAAUUACCCUAAGAGGGUGCACAGAGACAAUCACAGAGAACUUUUACACUGUAGUGAACAUGAAAAUGUGGAUUGGUAA